ACAAUUUCUUCUUUUCUCGAAACACUUUUCAACGUCAUUUCACCAUUUCCUGGCAGGUUUUCUGCUAGCUUCUACAUGGCCUGCAACACUAGCAUGGAAAUAUGCAGCCAACUGUCGAGCAAUUGCUUCGAGCCCGUCGAAUCCAUGUCCAGGCUCGAAAGGCUCGGCAGCGGCAUCACCACCGCCACCACUACCACCACCGCCACGGCCACCAACCUGGUGGUGGACUCUGACACAGGCGAGUCAUGGCCACCAACGAGGAAGAUCUCGUCCUCCAAGUACAAAGGAGUCGUGCCGCAGCCCAACGGCCGGUGGGGCGCUCAAAUAUACGAGAAGCACCACCGCGUCUGGCUCGGCACGUUCGCCACCGAGGCCGAGGCGGCGAGGACCUACGACGUCGCGGCGCUCAAGUUCAGGGGCAGAGACGCCAUUACCAACUUCAAGGAGUCGUCGGAGGACGAGGUUCAGACGUGGUUCCUCGGUUGGCAUUCCAAGGCCGAGAUCGUCGACAUGCUCCGGCGGCACACUUAUCAGGACGAGUUCGUGAUCGCGAAGCAGAAUAGGAAGAGAAACAUGACGGCCCUGGGCGUGACGGCCAUGUGCGACGGAGAGCUCCUAGGGCGAGAGGAGCUCUUCAGCAAAGUCAUGACGCCGAGCGACGUGGGCCGACUGAACAGGCUGGUGAUUCUGAAGCAGCACGCCGAGAAGUACCUGCCGGCGGCAAAGCGGGAAGGGGUGCUGCUGGCGUUCGAAGACGAAGGCGGGCGAGUGUGGAGGUUCAGGUACUCAUACUGGAAGAGCAGCCAUAGCUAUGUCUUCACUAGAGGGUGGAGCAAAUAUGUGAAGGAGAAGAACCUCAGGGCGGGGGACGUGGUGACCUUCGCUAGGUCCACCGGCGCAGACAAGCUGAACUACAUCAGUUGCACCGCGAACCCAGCUGCGCACAAGUUCCACCACAUGACAUUACACGAUAACUACUUAAUGUGGCAGCUCUUCCCCGAAAGAGAGUCUUCACCGCCGCCGCCGCCGCCGGCGCUGCAGCCACCACCGCCACCGACCGUGCCGGUGCCGCUCCAGCAGCCGCAGCAGAAGUUGGUCAGGCUCUUUGGGGUCGAGCUGGCCAAGACUCCAGAGGUUCAUCUUCUCAACAGAAACAACAAAAGGGCGGGUGAGUUGGAGUUGACAAAGGGUGGGCGCCCUAACAAGCAAAGGGUCCUAGGUUUUUAUGUCUCAUGUUGAAUUAUUUGUAA